GAUCGUCCUUGGCCAAAUAUGGUCGUGGAAAUCACAUCGAAGAAGCUUUGAACUAUUGGUUGAGUCCUGGCCGCGACCACGAUUGUAUUAUUGUAAAAAUCGAUCCGGUUCCUCAAGACCAAGCUCAUCACUGUGUCUCAGCAGGCAGAGGAACGAGAAAUAGACCUCCUCUUGUAACUGAGUUUGAAUUUGGAACCCAAGAUAGCACGGGAACUACAUUAAAUAUUGUACAAGGUCAACAUGAUUUUAAACAACCUGAUCCUCCUGCGCCUACUUUUAUUUUGUUCAGCAAGGUAUUAGAAGAAUGUUUGACUAUUAGAGGAAUACUCACAAUAUUGUAG